AUGUCAAACAAUAUCAAGGUCGUCUGUCGAUUUCGACCUCAGAAUUCAAUAGAAAAUCGUGAAGGUGGCGAAAUAGUCGUCAAUUUUGAUGACAAUCUCACUGCAGUCCAGCUGCGAUCCCAGCAGCAAGUGACUGGACCUGAAAAAGACGGAUUCACGUUCGAUAGAGUAUUCCCAAUGGGAACCAAACAGCAAGAGGUUUUCGAUUAUGGCGUUAAGGACAUCGUCAAAGAUGUGCUGGACGGCUACAACGGAACAGUUUUUGCAUAUGGUCAAACCGGAAGUGGCAAGACGUUUACGAUGAUGGGUGCUGAUAUCGACUCAGACGAACUUAAGGGUAUAAUACCUCGAAUAACGGAGCAGAUAUUCCAAUCUAUUGUUGAGAGCGACGCACAUUUGGAGUACCUCGUUAAAGUUUCUUACAUGGAAAUAUAUUUGGAGAAGAUUCGCGAUCUACUUGCACCUCAAAAUGACAACCUGCAAGUGCAUGAGGAAAAAUCGAGAGGAGUCUACGUGAAGAAUUUAUCCGACUACUAUGUCAGCAGCGCACGAGAAGUGUACGAGAUCAUGCGUACUGGAGGAGCUGCUCGAGUCGUUUCUUCAACAAAUAUGAAUGCUGAAUCAUCUCGGUCGCAUUCGAUCUUCCUUAUCGCAAUUAACCAGAAGAACACAGAAACAGGAGCGCAGAAGACGGGUAACCUAUACCUCGUCGAUUUGGCCGGUUCAGAAAAGGUCGGGAAAACAGGUGCCUCUGGACAAACGCUGGAAGAAGCAAAGAAAAUCAAUAAGUCCUUGUCGGCUCUUGGGAUGGUCAUCAAUGCUCUUACCGACCCGAAGGUCAAAUAUAUACCCUACCGUGAUUCAAAACUCACCCGAAUUCUACAAGAAUCUCUCGGUGGAAAUUCUCGAACGACUUUGAUCAUCAACUGUUCUCCUUCGUCCUAUAACGAAGCUGAAACUUUAUCCACUUUGCGUUUCGGUAUCCGCGCAAAAUCCAUCAAGAACUCUGCUCGAGUCAAUGCUGAAAUGUCACCGCUCGAACUCAAGGGCCUGUUAGCCAAAGCGCAAGCUGCCAACACCUCCUAUCAGAAGUAUAUCGCGGCUCUUGAAGCAGAGCUCGCAAUAUGGCGCUCUGGCGCAAGUGUGGAAGAGGCGGAGUGGGCAACACCGACCAAGUCGGGCGCUCCGGUAUCUGCUACUACUACUGCUUCAACAAAGAAACCCCCGACAUCACCUACACCAUCCACACCGAUGUCAACCUCACGAAGUAUGACACCCGUAAACCCUACUCUAGAAGGAUUAAGGUCCGAGCUGGACAGCCGACCGCAGACACCCACAGUCGUCGGUUUGGACAAGGACGAACGCGAGGAUUUCCUCAGGAGAGAGAACGAGCUCAGUGAUGCCCUUGCGGAGAGGGAGAGUGCACUGAAGACCGCCGAGAAGCUGGUCAAAGAACUCAAGGAGGAGUUGACCUUCUUAAAGGAACAGGAGGCUACCGUCAGCAAGGAAAACAAGGCCAUGUCCUCUCAACUGAGUGAAUUGCGUCUGCAAGUGGAGAGAUUGGAUUAUGACAACAAAGAAGGCAUCAUCACGAUCGAUAUCCUUAAGGAACAGAAUACAGAUGCUAAGAACGAGUUGGAAGACCUGAAGGGGCAGAUUUCGGAACUCAAGUCUUCCCAAAAGGAUGCUACCGCCGAAGAUAAAGAGAAGCGUAAACACGAGAAGAUGGUACUAAUGAUGGCGAAAUUUGAUGCUCAAGGGGCGUUCUCAGAGAAGGACGAGCAGUUGAGAUCGAUUCUUAUCAAGUUGGACAAUCUAGACGCGGACGGGACCUCUUUGACGUCAGAAGAUCUGACCGUUAUCCGUCGUCAGCUCGCGGAAGGGCAGAGCUUGAUCCGUGAUACGGUGGAUAGAUUAAGACAGAGCCAGGAAGAAAAUGAAAUGCUCGUAAGGAGGAGAGACGAGUUGGAGAGUAGAGUCGCUGCCUUAGAAACUGAAUAUGAGGAGUUACUAGAGAAAACUAUACAUGAUGAAGAAACCAGUAACGCCGACCUUGCGGAGUCCAUGACCGACUUCAAGAACAAGCUAGAAGCGCAAUACGCCGCCAAGCGGGAUGCUCAUAUCAACGAGAUCAAUAAUUUGAAACAACAAUUGGAGGUGAAGGUUAAUGAAGCCCGUAGUGUCAACGCCUCAAUCGAUAGCUUGAAGAGUGUCAAUGAAGAAUUGAAACGCGCGUUCGCUGUAACUUCCGCUGGUAUCGAGGGUGGUAAGAACCUCGCGGAGAGCGCACAAGACCUCGAACGGACACGAAAAGCAAUCAACGUGCAACUUGCAGAAUUCGACGGUGUAAAGAAGUCCCUCAUGAGAGAUUUGCAAAACCGAUGCGAAAAGGUCGUCGAACUUGAGAUUCAACUAGAUGAGAUCAAGGAACAAUACAACAACGUGAUCCGAAACAGCAACAGCAAGGCACAACAGAAGAAGAUGGCGUUCUUGGAGCGGAAUCUGGAGCAACUGACUGUCGUUCAGAAGCAGCUUGUGGACCAGAAUUCGACUCUAAAGAAAGAGGCUGGUAUCGCGGAACGUAAACUGCUUGCACGUAAUGAACGCAUACAGAACUUGGAGGCUCUGCUCCAAGACGCCGAUCGCCGGUUAUCGGUGCAGAACCAGAAGUUUGAGGCGCAACUGCAAGCUGUGAAAGACAGACUUGACCAGGCUCGGGCACAAAAAACAGUGUCGUCCCCGUUGAGCUUUGGCAGGAUCGCUAAGCCAUUGAGGGGAGGCGGAGGUUCCGCUUUUUCAAGUUCCGUACCGGCACCCAUUAGUGGCGCAGGUAAUCCACCCAGUGCCAGUCCACUCUCUAGAUUACAGAAUGAGGAAGCCGGUGUUGGAGCAAAACGGGCUUCUUGGUUCUUCAACUCACGAUAG